CCACGCCUCCCAUCGCCCCGGACAAGCCACGGCUCCACCGGGCUACGGUAGAACGUGAAGCACCCAGCCUGGACCGGGGACCGAGGCCACGGAGACCCACGGGCGAUGGCAGGAAAAGCCCACAGGCUGAGCGCAGAGGAGAGGGAGCAACUGCUGCCAAACCUGAGAGCCGUGGGGUGGAAUGAGUUAGAAGGCAGAGACGCCAUCUUCAAAGAGUUCCACUUCAAGGACUUCAACCGGGCCUUUGGCUUCAUGACCAGAGUGGCUCUACAAGCAGAAAAAUUGGAUCACCACCCUGAAUGGUUCAAUGUGUACAAUAAGGUUCACAUCACCUUGAGCACCCACGAGUGUGGAGGCUUAUCGGAGCGAGACAUCAACUUGGCCAGCUUCAUCGAGCAGGUUGCAGCUUCUCUCUCCUGACUAGAGACACACACACGAAGCCAAAAAUCAACUCUGCCGCUGCCACAACCCAUGUCUUGCCUGGACGGCUGCACCUAGAGCUUUCUCCCGCUUCCAAGGUCAUUCCUGGAUCCAGACUGCCUAACGCCAUGCCAAACUCCCUGCCACAGCUCAGAUGGAUGGAGGCACUUCUUGGGCACCAGGCAUAUAUCCAUCUCUGAUCUUGCCGCUUCCGUUCUUAAACCCUUCGUUAGCUGUGUCUCUGGGGCCUUCAGCAGACCUGCCCUUUCACCAGGAGUCAUGUUACACACUGCACCAGUAAAUCUUUCCAGGGCCUGACCCCAUCCAGCCACUGUAUUAUCACUUCUUACCUGCUGGAAUGUGCUUUCUAUCAGAAACAUGGUACAUCAACCCUUUGGUUUCUCUGUAACAUACUAGCAAGCGUAAUGUGCAAUUUGGUUAUUACUGUAACCUUUCUCUAGCAGUAUUAUAAGCAGGCAUGUGAUCUCACCCCUAUUGUAACCAGUCUUUAGUAGGAUACCAACUGAAAAUGUUUACAAUAAAAAUCUUGGUUAGCCUGA